AUGAACACGACAGAACCUCAUUAGUAACUGAUGAAUCACAUUUAAAACUCACAAAGCUAUCCUGAGGAUAUCUACAGAAUAGAAAAAAGAGACCACAGAUUCUUUUCAAGCGAGUCAUUUUCCUCACCUGCCAAGAGAAAACACCUGCAAGACAUUGAGUCGACAUUAAUGUCCUUCAUUGAGAAAGUUAUGUCUGAAGAUGAGACCAUUAGAAGACUUGUUUUCUUGCCAGCAGGCAUCCCAGGGAUGGGUAAAACUACAAUCGGUAGGUUCCUUGAGCAGGCCUCACUUAAAUUGAAAGUAUAGACACUCGGAUCUAAUGUAAAGGUGCAAUUCAAAAGAGUGUCGUUCGAUCAUGUGUUUACAGAUCUCCAACAAAAAUAUUUCUAGGAACAUCCAGAUGUGGAUUUCUAGGCAGCUUUUGACAUAAUAAGGGGUUAAGCAGAAGAGGUAUUCAAUCAGUAAAUCAGAGAAGCUUGUGUAUAAUCUCAAGAUGAAAUGGCUUCUUACACUCUGAUAAGUGCGGGAGAACAAAGCCAAAACUAUGAGAAAGUAUUAGACAUCCUGUAUGUAGACAAGAACAAUACCCCGGAUAAAUGGGAAGUCAUGUCUAGUUUCCUUACCGAAAUAUCUCAUGAAAACUAACUUCAGGCAAGAUAAAAAACGAUUCUAAUUGUUCCAACAUAAACAGACUUUGAUUAUAGCCUGUGUAAGAAAGUUAAUGCUAUUUGCCCCCAAUUUGUAUACGAGUGCCUAUUCAGAAUUUUUAAUCGCAAAAAUCAUUGCUUAUCAAGUUCAAUCAAGCCAAAAGCUGUAGAAGUAGUGCUCAAGUUCGUCAAAUUGUACGAUAAUAUUGACUUUAAGGACUAGACUGUCCCUCUAAGUUACUUCGAUCACUUUUUAAAGAUAGAAUUUGUUCACUAUAAUGAACAGACCACUAGUAAAGAUAUGAUUAGAGUACUGGUUGAGGCAUACAAUGAGACUCCAGAAAACUUUGUACCUCCCUCAGAUGAAACAAUAAACAAAGUACUGAAUUAGCUGGAGAAAGAAAUAGCAGAUAAAGAGGGGCACAGAGUACAAGAAAUGGAAUAUUUCAACCAGGAGAUUAAGACUAUGACUAAUUCUAGUGCCAAAGAUGAUGAAUACUUUCACUGA